AUGGAACAUACAACAACAUCAACCAACAUCAAUAAUAAAUCAAUAAUGAAAUUAGGAUAUAAUGAAAUAAUGAUAACAUCAAUGUAUUUUAAUGAUAUUAAUGAUUUUAUUAAUUUAGAAAUAGGAGUUAAAAGGUUUCAAGGAAAUAUUGAACGAUUUCAUUUUAAUCCAAUUCCAUUAGAUAAGUAUUCAAGAAAAUUGUUUCCUAAUAUUGAAACAUUUCAUAUUUAUAAUAAAGAUGAUGAAUUAUUUAAUGAUGGAAGAAUAUUUAAACAAGUAAUAUGGUAUGAUAUUAGAUGUUCAUCAUUAACAUCAAUUAAUAUACCUUCAUCAUUUACAUCAUUUGGAAUUGGUUGUUUUUAUAAAUGUAGAUGUGUUGAAGAAUUAAAACAAAAUAAAACAAUACCAAUAGAGUGUUUUAAUGAAGAUUAG